AUGGCACCGAAACGCAAGCGCACCAACACCGUGUCUACGUCGUCCGCAGCUACAGGCGCCGCCGCCGCCGCCGCCGUCGACGUCCCCCAGCCCUCAUCCCGCGAUGCCUCCGGCGAAGACACUGAGGACCCGGUCCUCCAGGAGCUGAAGCAGCGCCAGCAGACAGACGCGACUUCUGCCUCGACGAAGCGCGCCCGCUCGAGCAGCAAGCCCGAUGCCGACGACGCAGACGACGACGCCGAUAACGCCCGGGCCGUUAAGGCCGCCCGCACCGAGAAGGAGCGCACCAGCGAGGAGAAGGUCGCCGAGGGUGAGAACGGCGAGAAGGGCACCAUGAGGAUGCCCGACCCGCCGCGCGCUGGCCUGGUCGACCCGGUGGGCUACAAGACCAACCCGCCGCCCGAGGGCCGUGCGGUUCGUGUUUAUGCGGAUGGUGUUUUUGACCUGUUUCAUCUGGGACACAUGCGACAGCUCCAGCAAGCUAAGCAGGCCUUCCCUAACACGUAUCUGCUCGUCGGUGUCACAGGCGACAAGGAGACCCACAAGAGAAAAGGACUCACGGUCAUGUCGGCGCGCGAGCGGGCUGACAGCGUCAGGCACUGCAAGUGGGUGGACGAGGUCGUUGAGGACUGCCCGUGGGUGGUGUCGCCUGAAUUCCUGGAGAAGUACCAGAUUGACUACGUCGCGCACGACGAUAUCCCGUACGGUGCGGAUGAGGGCGACGAUAUCUAUGCUCCUAUCAAGAAGGAGGGUAAGUUUCUUGUUACGCAGCGCACUGAGGGUCUUAGCACCACUGGCAUAAUCACAAAGAUCGUCCGCGACUACGACCAGUACAUCCAGCGGCAAUUUAAGCGGGGCGCGUCGCGCCAGGAGCUGAACGUGUCGUGGCUGAAGAAGAACGAGCUGGACUUCAAGCGCAACAUGACGGAGCUGCGGGACAGCAUCAAGACCAAUUGGACAACAACGGGGCAGGAGUUGGGCAAGGAGCUGCGCCAAUUCUGGCAGACCAACAUCAGCGGAAGCAGACCCGCCAGCCCCGCCCGCAGCCCGGCCGCUACGCCGAGUCGGGAGACGCCGCCGACUCUCAAGCGGCACCUCAGUCACCUGGACACCACAGGCGGCUUGAGAGGCUCGAACAAUGAGCGUGCGAAUGAUUUUGCUGCUGGAUACAAUCUGGGCCUGAUCAGCAGCGUCAGAGGAUGGAUGGCACGUAACCGUCGGAAUCUGCGUGAAAGCGACCCUAACAGCCCAGGCGAUAGCGAACCGGAGAGCUCCGGUGAAAGAAGCCCCAGGAGCCCCGUUGGUAACGAGUCGUCACGGAGGAACGGGAAAACCAGUAGUGAAGUGGGGUCGCGGCGUUAA